AUGGAACGUCUUCCAGUCGAGAUCUGGCACCUUAUUGCGUACGAGUGUGGCGUGCUUGAUGCGGUCGACGUCGUUGCGCUCGCCUCGUGCUCAAAGACCUGCCACAACAAGCUCCUCGGGGACGCGUUUGCAAAGUCGCUCGCUUAUGCCACUGCCGGACUUGACACGUGCCUCGCCCGAGGCCUCUGGACCGGAGUCCUUCGCUUGCGAGGUGUGGACGCCGGUCCGGGUCAUGAACUUUCUGGGGCGGCCGACGCCGGAACCGACAACGCGGCGUGGAUGACGCUGCUUGAUCGCAUGGCCGCCGAUGCCGUCUCGCUCAACAUUAAUCCGUUUGUCGACGAUCACGGCGCUGCCUGGCUCGCUAUGCAGGAAGGCCGCGGGACGGUUCUCGAUCGUGCGUUCGCCUCUGACUUUGACUUUCACUCGCUCCCAGCCAUUGCCGCCGCUGCCAAUCUCCGCGACGUGGUCGCGUACCUGACCGACAGUCCGGCCGCCAUGAGCAACAUCCCCGACCUCGAGUCCGAUCCCGAGGACGAGUACGCCGGCUACUCGGGCCCGGGCAUCAACAUCGUUCUCGCACUCGUUGCUGCUCGCGGCUGGGCCGAUUUGGUCAAAAAACUCGUGGCUGCAGGCGCCGAUCCGUCGUUCUCGCACUCUAUGCCGCUCUACUAUGCCGCCGAGCUCGGCCACGUCGAUGCCAUCAACGCGCUGCUGGAGAGCGACAGUGUCGACGUCAACGCGCGCGAAGGGCGGGCCAUUGCUGUGGCAGCAUAUGUCAACGAGCGCGACGUGGUCCAGCUUUUGAUCAGCCGCGCCGGGCCCAACCCCAUGCUCGCCGACGCCGCCUGCAGCACGGCAAAGGCUGGCAAUGUCGACAUUCUCCGCGACCUGCUUGCCACCGGCACCAUCGAUCUUGUCGCCGACGGCCCUCGAAUCCUUGAUGAUGCAAUCUGGGGUGACGCUGCAGAGUCUGUGACUGUGCUGCUCGAGGCUGGUGCUCGGCCGCGACGGCAUUAUCGACCUCCUUGUCGCUGCCGGUGA